AUGUGGACCAGGAAUGUUUUGAACGUACUUCUCGUCCUAGCGCUUGCCUCGUCGCUGGUGAUGGGGGACCCACAAGCUCUUCGACACCUGGCCAACAAUAACAGCCCUGCACAAACAGUCCUUCUCACAGCAACACCUGCAGCAACCCCCGCAGCGACGGCAUCGGCCACUCCCGGUGCUACUCCGGGCGCCACGACUAGUAGCACAGCAGAUGGAACCAUGGGAGCGCCAGCGCCCACUACGAGCCCUGGUGACGUUACUGCAAGUCCAACCGUUCAGGUAGGCGUGGCCGGCAUCACAGUGAUUGAGCCAUCACCCACGUCUGAUCCCACAUGUGCUGCGACACUUCUCAACACCGACGAGGCGUGCUCCCAAUUGCUCAAGGUUACCAUGGCAGUUUGUGAUUGCUACAACUUUUGCGCUGGGCGACUCAUUGGCUGCUUGGAAUUUGGAGAACAAAGCUCCUUUAGUUGUGCAGGGGAAACUGUGGCAGGUUGCACCAUCGAUCAGAAAGUCUACGAUGAUGGGGAUCAGAAAGAAGACGAUGAUGGGGGCAACAUUGUGGUUCUGAUUGUGGCAAUUGUGCACGGGGUCAUUGGCAUUGUGUUCCUUGUUGCUGGAUUCUACCUCUUUCAUCGAUUCCGCUCUGCGAACAAAGCGGAGCGCCCCAAGGCGCAAACCAGUGUUGGCUCUGAGGAACCAACCCACACACAUGAUGUCUUGGGAGAUGAAGAAAAAUCCAGAUCCAAGGAGGACAUACUGGAGAGCGGCAAACCGAUGCAAGUUUGCCAAAAAGAGUUGCCAGUCCAGGAAGCAGCACUUUUCUGCUAG